AUGUCAGGUCAAGGUCAAAGUCAAGAUAUUCAAGAACCUACGUCAGUAGAGAAUGCACAGAUAGAUGAGAGCGUGGAUGAUAAAAUUACAGCUCUACGCAACCAAAUGAAGCAAUUACGUGGAAAGCUUACCCGCUCAAUCAGCCGUGUUCAAACCAAUAUAAGAAAGGGUGAAACUGACUCUAAAAGAUUAAAAAGGGAACUUAAACAAAUAGUUCGCGAUAAUGAACAGUGCUCAUUUGUUCAUGGUGAAAUUUAUGAACUAACAGAUCCAAUUGAUCAUGGUCGACUUGAUCAAUGGGAGGCUGAACUGAACAAUGAUUUCUUUAUUAUUGACGAAAUAAUUAAUGAACAAUUAAAACCCAUUGCUGAUGAUUCAUCAACCCCGUCACAUGAUAGUGAGUCAAGUCAACAAUCUCCUAAUGGGAAGAUACAGUCAUUGCCUACCCCUAGUCGAGAUCAUCAAGUUCCUGUCGAGUCAAAUAAGUCCAGUCAGCAGUCUCAGUCACUGUCCCAGUCAGUAGAUGAAACAUCAGAUCACUUGUCAGAAUCUGGAAGAGUUGUGUCAGAAAUAAAGUCAGAUGUCAAAGUCAAGGUUAAAACAGUAGAUUCCUGGAUUGAUGAGCUAAUCGAGUUUGAGGAAACCGUUCAUAAAGAUAUCAACGCCAAUUUGUCAAUGUCACAGCUCUCUAGGGCUAUAGUUAAAUUCAGGACAAAUGGCACUACUCCAAUGUACAUUAAAGGUCUUCGAGUUUUCCAACAGAUAACAGAUAAUCUAACCAAACCAAACCAAACCAACGACUACCAUUCGACUACCAAUCAACAAGAAAUACCAUGA